ACGGGAUGGAAGAGUAUUGUAUUGGGAUAUCAGGUUUCCUGUCAAACCGGUAUAUUCGCUGAAUAAAGAACAUGAUCUCCAAAGUUGUUUAGAAUAUUCGAAUGAAGCUACUGCACAUACCGGACCUGUGUUAGGUCUCAAAUUCUCGUCAGAUGGCUUGCAUUUAAUUUCAUGGGGAGGUUCUGGAUUAACAGUUAAUGCUGCAUCUCUUCGCCUAUGGACGUCUGGUCCAAGUGAUUGUGAGCAAUCAUCACAUAUCCCUAGAUUGCGUCCUGUCAACUUUGGAAACAUACUUCUUAACUCUGAAAGUGAUCAACCUUAUGACACUAGAAGUCUACCUUUUACAAAUUCUAAUUCCUCAGCAAGUGCAAGUCACAGUCCACAAUCAUCGGUCUUACCGAUUAGAUUGGACGUUACACAUGGGUCAAUAGGACAUUUGUGGGGAGCCUCACCGUUAUGUAUUUUCGUCCCUGUGAAAAAUCGGUUAUUGAUUGCUUCAGCGUCUAGGCACAAUACAUCGACUAAAAUCAUAACGCGGCACUUUUCACAAAUACGUGCUUGUGUUUGGAAUGAACGUCAUUUAGAGCUAUAUACCUGUGGAACUGAUGGAAACUUGUUUACAUGGCCGAUUCUUCCUCUUUCAAGCAGCAAUCUAGCUGAUGAUGACCAAUUUUGA